AUGCGCUUUCCCUCUCUCGUGUCCGUGGCCUCUGCCAUUGCCCUUGCCUCUUUGGCAUCAGCUGACGUUGCCGAGUCCUCCGAUGUGCUCGUCCUUACAAAGGACACCUUUACUUCUGCUGUCAACUCAGAACCUUUGAUUUUAGUCGAGUUCUAUGCUCCUUGGUGUGGCCACUGCAAAGCUCUAGCUCCCCACUACGAGGAGGCAGCCACCACACUCAAAGGGAAAGACAUCAAACUUGCCAAAGUCGACUGUGUCGACCAGGCAGACCUUUGCCAGUCCCAUGGCGUCCAGGGUUACCCCACCCUCAAAGUCUUCCGCAACGGUGAACCCGCCGAGUACUCCGGUCCCCGAAAGGCAGACGGUAUCAUCAGCUACAUGCUCAAGUAUACUCUACCCUUCUGUCACCUAUUCGUACCUAUUAACAUCACCCUCAGACAAAACCUCCCUGCCGUUUCUGACGUCACCGCCUCUAACCUCGCUGAAUUCCAAAACGCCGAUAAGCUCGUUGUCCUCGCCUACGUCUCCUCCACCACAAAGGCCCCCGCACCUGAAUUCAGCGCAACAGCAGAAAAGCUCCGCGACGAGUACCUCUUUGGUAUCACCUCUGACGCUGCAGCUAUCGCAGCCGCAGGCGUCACUCCUCCCGCUAUCGUCGUCUACCGCAACUUUGAUGAACACACCACCGAGUACCCGCACCCGCCGUCUGCAGUUACCACCGCUGAACUCGAAGCAUGGGUUCAGCAGCUGUCUAUCCCUAUCCUUGGUGAGGUGAACGGAGAAACGUAUGCCAUGUACGCCGGCAGCGGUAAACCUAUCGCAUACUUGUUUUUGGACCCUACAGACGAAAAGAAAGACGAGACGCUCGCUAUUCUCAAGCCUGUUGCUGCCAAGUACCACGGCAAGAUCCACUUUGUUUGGAUAGACGCAACCAAGUUUGGCGACCACGCAAAGGCUUUGAACCUUGCUGAACCCAAAUGGCCGAGUUUCGUUAUUCAGAACCUGGAGGAUCAGCUCAAGUACCCUUAUGACCAGAGCAAGCCUAUAGAGGCUGAGGCUGUGUCUGCUAUGGUCGGCGAGUACCUCGCUGGGAAGCUUCUUCCUAAGCUCAAGAGCCAGCCGAUUCCUGAGAGUCAGAAUGAGAGCGUGUUCACGCUCGUUAGUGAACAGUUCGAUGAGGUUAUGUAUGAUGAUUCCAAGGAUGUGUUUGUUGAAUUUUAUGCUACAUGGUGCGGUCACUGCAAGCGCUUGAAACCCAUCUGGGAUUCCCUCGGUGAUCACUUUGCUGACGUGAAAGAUCAGUUGGUCGUUGCAAAGAUGGAGUCCACAGAAAAUGAUCUUCCAGCUUCAGCCCCAUUCCGUAUCAGCGGAUUCCCCACCCUCAAAUUCAAGCCUGCAGGAUCGCGGGAGUUCCUUGAAUAUAACGGGGACCGGGAAUUGGAAUCUCUCAUUGCGUACGUGCAGGAGCAUGCCAAGAACAACUUGAAGCCUUCUGUCAAGGCUCCUGAAAACGAGUCGCAGGCCACGUUUGAGGCACCGCGGGAGGCUCAUGAUGAACUGUAA